ACUCCCCGCUCAACAUUAAGAGACGGUUCUAGCUCGAGAUCAUCGUCGAUCGUUUGGCUACCCAGUCACCGAACAUACGACAUGGAGCAUCACAGACAAGCAGUUCUCAAGUUGGACUUUAUCAUCGUCGGAGGAGGUAUUGCAGGACUUGCUUCCGGACACGCCCUCGCCUCCUCAGGACAUCGCGUACGCGUAUUCGAAAAAUCAUCGACGGGUACAAGCUCGGUGGGAGGCGGGUUCCGCUUCACGCCUAAUGGUGUUCGGGUUCUGCAGCAGUGGGGACUUUCGGAAGAGCUGGAAAGACGGACGUCGUCAUUGCAGGCGACCGACUUCAUCGAUAUGGAGACCGGCGAAAAUAUCGGACUGUUGAGCUGGCAAGAGGAGGUACUCCACGAAGUGGGAGCUCCCCUUCUAUUAAUCCGCCAUCAAGAUUUGCAUGAGAUGUUGUAUGCUCUUGCCCUUUCCUCAGGCGUCGAAAUCACAUCCAACGCAAACAUCAUCUCCAUCUCUCCUCCGCUCAACUACAAAGGCAAAUACACGUCAUCAUCGUCGUCUUCGACCACAGGCUAUGAUCCUUCUCGUCCUUCCGUGACACUGGCUACUGGGGAGGUGUACCAGGCCGACAUCAUCAUAGGGGCGGAUGGGGCGGGCAGCAUUAUGCGGGAGAUCGUGGAUGAGGACGUAGCCACCAUGCCGGCACCUUCGUCACGGACCAGCACCGUGUUUUAUACGGGGACCAUUCCGGUUGAGAGGAUGAGGGUGGAUGAGUACUUGAAGGAGUUGAUCGAGAUUCGGUCUGUGAUCUGGAUGGGAGAUGGGCGUCAAGCUAUGAGUUAUCCAGUGCAAAACGACACCGCGUGGAAUUUCGCUCUAUGGCAGGACGAAGAGCUAGAUGAUGAGGCACCACAGGGAUGGAGCACAGCGAUCCCUCCAAGUAUCCUGGAUCGCUCCGCGUUUGAGCCACGAAUACGGGCGAUUCUUGAUCGGAUACCUAACCUCGUACGCAUCAAAUCUUCAACAAAAACCCACGCAGAAUCAUGGGUAGACGACUCCGAACGGCUCAUGCUCAUAGGCGAAGCCGCUCAUCCUCUCACCCCCAAUGGUCUCCCUGUCCCCACACUCCCCCUCGAGGAUGCCCAUGUCCUCGGGACCCUCUUCUCACACCUCCGCCACCCGUCCCAAAUUACAUCCCUCCUCUACGCAUACCAAGAACUCCGCCAGCCGCGCGCCUUAUCCCUCCACACACUGGAACUUUCCAAUCUUGACGCACUGCGAUUACCUCCCGGCCCAAAACGAGAUGCGCGGAAUAAAACAUGGGAGUGUGCGAAGAGGGCCGCUAUCAAGCAGCAGGAAGCGAGAAAUCGAAUGAGACAGGGGGAAAGUCAGGGAGCAGAUGGAGGGGAUGAUGAGAACGAGUUGACGCUGAGGGCGCAGUUUCAGGAGAUCUUCGAGGUGUGGGGGUACGAUGCGCGGGAUGCGGCGGAGGAUUGGUGGGUACAAUGGGGCGUGCUUGGUGAGAGGGCCUUGGGCAUGACGCAGGAGAAUGGGUGGCAGGCUGCUGAGAGUGGCCUGGGUGCGAUGUUUGCUAACGGGCAUCGGAUGGAGGGGGUGGUCGACGGAUGAGGUUUAUUGGGCUUGUCGACUCGGACAGAAGCAACGAGUGAGGCUUCGUCGCUUGAACUGAGGGUACUCUUACUACUUACUCACUGACAGUCUACUUUUAAAGUAUUCGUUGAAUUAAUGACAUAUUUCCUUCUGUUCAUUGUUCACACAUUGAGGCCUGACGAUACAAUAUACACAG